GUAAAGUUGACAUUAUGCUGUGGUGGAGAGUGUCGAAGCCCACUGUGCGAAGUCUUUUGCUAAUUCAGGCUGUUGCAAUGGUGCUUCUGUACGGAUGGUACAGCCGUCCACCAUCUCAAAACACCUCUUUGUCCGAGGGCAAGGUGCAUGUGCUGCUGCUGUCAUCUUGGAGGUCUGGCUCAUCAUUCCUGGGCCAGGUGUUUAACCAACAUCCGGAGGUCUUUUACCUGAUGGAGCCAGGCUGGCACGUGUGGAUGUCUAUAAAGCAAGCCGGUGCACGUAGCUUGCGAAUGGCGGUGCGCGAUAUGAUUCGCAGCGUCUUUCAGUGCGACAUGUCGGUGAUGGACGCUUACAUCCCCCAGCCAUGCAACGUCUCCAGUCUCUUCAUGUGGAGCCACAGCCACGCGCUCUGCUCUCCACCCGCUUGUUUUCUCACAGCUCGCAACGAGAUUAGCAAAGAGCAAGAAUGCAAGCAGCGCUGCGACUCGCAGGGUUUGAAGCUUGCGGAGGCAGCGUGUCGGACUUACAGCCAUGUGGUGUUAAAAGAGGUGCGCUUCUUCGAGUUGGAGUCGCUGUACCCGCUACUGCAGGACCCCACUCUGGAUCUGCGCAUCAUCCAUCUAGUUCGUGACCCACGAGCGGUGCUUCGUUCCCGAGAGAAGUCGGCCUAUGCCCUGGUGCAAGAUAGCGCCAUAGUGCUCGAACAGGCGAGCCUUCCGGAACAGGAUAAGCCAUACAAGGUCUUGCAGGAGAUUUGCCGCAGUCAUGUGCGCAUUUAUGAGACGGCCAUGUUAAAGCCGCCCGAUUUCCUACGGGGACGCUACAAAAUGAUACGUUACGAGGAUCUAGCACGUAACACUCUGGCCGAGAUCGAAGCCAUGUAUGAGUUUGUGGGGCUGGAGAUGACCGAAACUUUGCAGGAGUGGAUCUACCGCAUCACCCAUGGGAAGGGCAAGGGAACGAAGAACGAUGCCUUCAAGAUCACCUCGCGAAAUGCAGAGGACGUCUCCUUGGCUUGGCGAACCACCUUACCGUUUGAAAAAGUCCAGCGCAUCCAGGAUGUUUGCAAAGGAGCCAUGACUCUGCUUGGAUAUAAAGCAGUGGAUAGUGAGAGAGAGCAAAAACUGCUGUAUUUAGACCUGCUGAAGCCACAUGAACGCAAUCAGUUCAGCUGGCUACCAUCUAAAAGCACUUCCGCUAAAGUAUAGAGACGCUCCAGUGAUCAAAUGCAUAAAGACCUAAGAAUGGUGUGGCGUUUGCCCAUCGGUUUUGCUCUCCUUCACUUCAUACAAAAGUAUGGACUGUCCAACACAAUGUCCUAGUGACCAGCAGAGAAUGAGACGUUCCUCUGUCAAACGGGACACUAGAGCAAUGAAGCGCUGUCCUCUUCUUAACACAACACUGGAUGCUGUUUUUGAAGAAAUCGUGGUCCAAUAAUUAACUUCAAGAUGUAUUUAUUGACAAAGAAACUAUUAUGGUGUUUUUUUGUUUUUGUUUACAGAAAAAAAUUUUCAUUUCAAUUUGACGUUGUAGAUGCAGGUUGAAUCAGAACUAUAACAGGGCUGUGUGUUUCUUGUAUAAGUGUCACAUAAAAAUGCCAUUCAGCUAUCUACAGAUUUACACCGACUUUGAAUGCAUAAAGCUGAAUAUCAACAUCAUUGUGAAUAAAGUAGUUCCUGCUCCUGGAGACCCACUGUCUCGCAGAGUUUAGCUACACCUAAUCAAACACACCUGAAGCAGCUCAUCAAGCUCUUCAGGAUCGCUUGGAAAAACUCCACUUUUAGACACGCACUCUCGAACUUCC